AUGGAUGAUCGUGUGCCAAGUUAUAAACUGGCUACUGAAUCUGGUGAUAAACCAUACGCCGAUGGCGAUCGAGCACAAGCACAAGCCCUCGAAGAAUUACAUCUCUAUGAAACAUGUCAACGAGAUCCAUCGACAAUCGUUGUCGAUGUUGGCGCUUUUCUCGGUGAUUUCGGUCUCUAUGCAGCAGCAUGCGGUUGUACUGUAUAUACAUUUGAAAUUCAGCCAAAAAUGGUUGCUUUAAUUCGUCUAUCAAUCAAAUACAAUUCGUUUCCACCAUCUCGCUUUCAUCUCUAUCAUAAUGCAGUGAGCGAUUUGCCAACUGGAUCAGCUGUGACAUUUACGCCUGGUGGUGGUUCAACAGCCAUUGUGAAUGGUUCAAUGUCCGUCGAAACUAUUCGUCUAGAUGAUGUACCUUGGUCAUCAUCUUCGAUUUAUAUGCUUAAAGUGGACGUUGAAGGAUUAGAAUUGAACGUUUUACGUUCAGCAAAGAAUCUGUUUGUUCAAAGACGUAUUCACCAUGUGAUAUUUGAAUACAGUCCAUGGCUAAGUGAUCGUGCACCGCAAAAGUUGCUCUUACCCUACGUAGAAAAUGAAUUAAAAGCAAAAUUUUUGUAUGCAUUACAUCGCAAGAAAAAAAUUAUAUUUGGGCCUCUGACUCAAAAAGAAUUACAAAGAUUCUAUCAAAGGCAUUUAGUAUCGCAUCUUCAAACAGAUAUCUAUGCUGUAUUUGAUGAAAAUGCAACUAACACGUCAAUCCGCGCAACUCCUUAUAGGAAAGAAACAUCGUGUAAAAUAUCCAACUGUAAUUAUUUAGCUAUGUUUGCUUACAUCCAAAUGUCAUGA